AGGAUGGGCACGCUGAGGAGAUGUCGUGUGGGUGCCCCCGCGCCGGGGCACCGAGGCUGAAACGCGGGCGUCGGCCGCGGGGCCGUCGCGAACGAACUUCUGCCACGCUUCAGAACUCUCUUCUCCAUCUGUCCCAAGGCUGAGACAUCUACAAGCAACGUGGAGCGCGGGCCUGGAGGCCUGGAGGCUUGAAGAGCAAGGGGGGAGGCAGGAAGGCAGACAGAAGGCCUUAAAGCCUUCAGACCAAAGGGAGAUCUCGAGGCCAAACAGGGCUCGUAGCACACAGGGAGGCCAGGGGGUGUAAAACCAAGAGGAUGGCCGGGAGGCCUGGAGAGAGGCCACAGUCCAGCCAAGAGACCUAGAGGCAUGCAGACCCAGAGGGACCCGCAGCCAUUUGGAGGAAGUUGGGGAAGCUCCAAACCGGCACUGGAAGGUGGAAGGAGAGGACAGCCGCCGCCCCGCGUCACCCCGAGAGUCUGCGUCCCGUCCGUGUGCCAUCUGGGCCCUGGGGGAACCAUGUCUGCGGGGGGGGCUCCCCAGCCUGCCCACAUCCUGAACCUGCUGCCUUACCCCAGGCUGAACGAGGUGCCCAGGGCUGGACAUGAACUGGGUUCUGCGGGUGCAGAGAUCCCCUCUGACCCCUGCACAGGCUACAGAUUUUUCAAGCCCGGUGGCUUGUUCGGUAUUAAACAGUCGGAGGAGCCGUUCCCUGAAGGCCAGCAGAUGCAGGAGGACAGCAAGAUCCUCGUGAGCCCCUGUGCAGUUGAGCCUGUCCGAACGAACAAGGUGGAGCAGCCUGAUGAGAAGCCCGGGGUUGCUGCAGGCUCUCUGGAGCUGUACCCCACCGGUGCCAGCAGCUCCAGCCGCUGGUUCCAUGGCGGGCAGCGCGCACCCGAGCGGGCAGGCACGGAGCGGGACGGCGCGGCCGGCCUCAGCCCGCUGCCCUCCAGGGUGGGCUGCUGGGUGCCCCAGCUUGGCAAUGGCCCCUUCCGCUGCGCCCAGUGCGGGAAGGGCUUCCGCCAGAAGCAGAGCCUCAUCACUCACGAGAGGAUCCACACCGGGGAGAAACCCUACAGGUGCGGGGAUUGCGGGAAGAGCUUCAGCCAGCGCCCCAACCUGCUGACCCACCGCCGUGUGCACACUGGGGAGCGGCCCUUCCCCUGCACGCAGUGCGGCAAGAGCUUCAGCCAGAAGGCCAACCUCCUGGCCCACCAGCGCAUCCACGCCGCCAACGAGAAGGCGCUGGCAGGGGGUGAGCAGGAGGACGGUGGCUCCGGCAAACCGAAGCUGCGGGCUACGCAGCGCAGCUACCAGGACGACACCCCUUUUGUGUGCCCUGAGUGUGGGAAGAGCUUCCGGCAGAAGCCCAACCUCAUCACGCACCGGCGCAUCCACACGGGCGAGCGGCCCUUCACCUGCUUCCUGUGUGGCAGGAGCUUCAACCAGAAGACCAACUUGGUGACGCACUACCGCGUGCACACCGGGGAGCGCCCCUUCGCCUGCACCCAGUGCGGCAAGCGCUUCACACAGAAAACCAACCUCGUGACACACCAGAGCACCCACACUGAUGUCCGCCCCUACCCCUGCGGGCAGUGCCAGAAGUGCUUCAAGGACAAGGUGUCCCUCAAAGCCCACCAGAAGACACACGCCCCUCGCCAGCGGAGGUGCCCGGGCCGGGGUCCAGCUCCCACCCUACCCUUCGGGGCUGCACCCACACUGCUGCAGCCAGGCAGCCUGGAGCAGGAGGCUCCUUUCAGCUCCAUGCCACCGCUGCCUGUUCAGAAGAUCCCCGAAGGCCAGGAGCUAUACUCGUGCACGGAAAAGGGCUUCCCCUCGAAGGAGCAGCUGCUGCCCACACAGCAGGCCCAUCUAGGGGAGCAGGCCUUCCCCUGCGUGCAGUGUGGGGAGGGGUUUUGCCCCAAGGUGACUCUGCUCCGGCCGCAGCAUGGCCCCGCCACAGAGGCUCCUGCUGGCUGCACUGCAGGCUUCAGCCCCGGCCCGCACCUCCUGGGGCACCUCGGGGUGCAGCCCGUCCUCGGGGACGGCACGGCCCCCACACCGCCCACCCCCGGAGCGGAGAAGCCCUUUAUCUGCAAUCAGUGUGGCAACAGCUUUGGCCUGUGGAUCUCCUUGGUUGCUCACCAGAAGACUCACGUGGGGCAGAAGUCCUACCAGUGCCCUGAGCACGACAAGAGCUCCGGAGAUGAGCUGUCCACCAAAUCUCCCCAGGAGAAAGACAUGGAGGGGAGAGCCUGGCUGUGCCCUGAGUGUGGGAGAAGUUUUGUGCAGUAUGAGCGUUUGGUAAAGCACCGCCAGAACCACCGGGGCCGGGGUCCUUAUCGCUGUGACGUCUGCGGGAAGAGGUUCAGCCUGAAGACCAACCUGGUGACUCACCAGCGCAUCCACACCGGCGAGCGGCCCUUCACCUGCGGCGUCUGCGGCCGCCGCUUCAACCAGAAGGGCAACCUGGUGACGCAUUACCGCACGCACACCGGGGAGCGCCCCUUCGCCUGCACCCAGUGCGGCAAGCGCUUCGCCCAGAAGCCCAACCUCAUCGCCCACCAGAAGACCCACUCGGGCAGGCAGCCCUUCACUUGCCUGGAGUGCCCAAGCGCUUCAAGAGCAAGCUUUCCCUCCGGGUCCACCAGCGCGUGCACGUGGUGGAGCGGCCCCAGAGCGAGCUCCCGGUGUGAGUGA